AUGCGAGACAUGAGCAAGGGCAAGUCAAUUUGUAGCCAGACGCUGCAGUUCUUGGGGCAGACUUUCACCUUGGAGUUCUUUCCAUGUGGAAAGUCUCAGGCGUAUGCGCGCUGCUGCAGCCUCUUCCUGCAUGCAGCUGUGCCUUGUGAGAUUGACUUUCACCUCAAGGGGAGGCAGAAGCGCAUUGAAGUUCCAGCAGGGGGAUGUCGGGAUUCGGCCAGGGGUGACGAUGACUUUGGCCCGCAGCCCGACCUCUCGAAACCGGUUGAGAUCUCAGUCUGCUUCAUCAAAUUGGGAGGCAAGGAUGCGGACAACUUGCGGAAGGAGUUCAUUUGCCAGUAUGAGAAGGAGACCAACGACUUGACGGCGCAGAAGAACGUCCUGGAGAAGGAGGCCGAAGUGAGAUUCAAAGAGCUUGUUACUCUGCGACGAAAGGCUGAAGAGCUGGAGGAUUCGAAGAGCAAAGUUGCAGGCAUGGAGGCUCAGAACACUCGCUUGGAGAAGGAGUGCGUGGUGACUCGCAAGGAACUUGAGAAACAAGCUCGAGAGCUGGCAAGUUGGAGAAGCAAAGUCGAGCAUCUCGAAGGGCAAAAGGCAAGUCUGGAAGGCCUGACCUGCUCGAUGAGCAAAUUGCUGUCUGAACGCAAGCUGGAAGUCGAAGCUUUGGAGGGCAUCUUGGCCGCGAGCAGUGACAGUGCCCGGCACCGAGAGCGGCGCUUGUCCAGAGCUGCUACAAGGAUCCAGACGACUUGGCGGAUGUUCGCUUGUCGGACGCUGAUGAGGUCCAGGCUGGCCGAGAGGAGGCGCAGCGUGAAGCAUGGGAGGGAGCUGACGGCCGCGCUGCGGGUGCAGCUUGCCUGGCGCCUGUACCAGAAGCGCCUGCAGCGUCGUUGGCGCAGCAAGGUCAGCAAGAGCCAAACCACUCUGUACGAUGCUGUCUUGGCCCUGGAGUCUUUGGCCCAGUUCUUGUCGACGGGCGAGAUCCCCUUCUUGCAGCACACCGAGUCAGUGCUUCAGUUGGCAAGCGAAGUAAAGUUUCGCGUCGUGGCGGUGGUGGGCCUCUUCGACAAGGGCAAGACCUGGCUUACCAACAAGCUUUUCGGCGUGAACCUGCCUUCUGGGAAGCUUCACACUUCACACGACCCGCGAGACGUGGAUGCCAUCCUCGAUGCCCAGACGACGGAGUCCCUGAUGUUUGAGAUGAUCUCCCGCAUCGCGCACCACAUGAUCUUCGUGGUGAAUGACCUCACUUGGUUCGAGCAGAAGUACGUGGCCAUGCUCCACCAGAAGUACGUCCAGGGCGGGCAGCAGAAGGAGUUGGUGGUGGUGCACAACCUGCGGAACACCACGGACAAGGAGGAGGCUUGCAAGCUCUUCAAGCGGCAGGUGAUGCGGUGUUAUGAUGGCGAGCAGUCACACUUGGGGGAGCUUAUCUUCACCCAGGAUGCUGGGAAUGGGGCUCCGCCUCUGCACCACAUCGGCCUUUGCUACGAGUUCUCGCUCGCGGGUGACGCCUUCAACGAGAAGAACCGGCAGCAUCUGCUGCAGAGCUUG